AUGUCGGCCAACAAUUUCUCCGCCUCACUCAUGUUGGCAGGGAUGGAUUACAUUGCUCCAUCUGAGGCGUGCAUACUCCCAACAAAGCUUCAGGGAGGGACAAGUGAUGACUCGGUUAAGAGACACGGUGCCGGUAAUGAAGCAGUGAAGAUAACCCUCCAAGACUGUCUGGCGUGCAGUGGUUGUGUGACAACAGCAGAGACCAUUCUUAUCACUUCUCAAUCUCGUGAGGAACUCUUGAAGGACCGUGCGCUCGAUCCCACAAGGCCGUUCUUCGUAACGAUUAGUGAUCAAUCGGCCGCUUCUAUCGCAGCCUUUCUUAAAACAGAUGUACAGAGGGCUUUUCAUAUAGUAAGCGGGUUUUUUCGUGCUGUUUUGAACGCUCGCUAUGUUUCAGAUCUUCACUGGGCAUUGCGCAUCUCUGUUGAGAAGACGGCGGAGGAGUACUGUCGCCGAGUGAGAUGUGAACGCGAGAGGCUUCCCUUAAUAGUUUCGGCUUGCCCCGGUUGGGUAUGCUAUUGUGAGAAGCAAGGGGCAGCGAUCUUGCCCUUAUUAUGUCCAGUGAUGUCACCGCAGGGUAUUGCAGGAUGCUACUCCAAGACACUUAUCCCACAGAUGUGUCACGUGUCUGUACAACCCUGCUUUGACCGUAAGCUUGAGGCAGCAAGAGAUGGAUCUUCUGUCAGUGGUGAGCGGUACACUGACUUUGUUUUGAGCACGCAGGAGUUACUGGAUUGGAUGCUUGAAGUGGACCCCUCACUUCCGUGGCAGGCGCCGCUGGAUUCCGAUUUGGAGCCCUUGCCGAUACUUCCCCCAGAGGAACCGAAGCGUUCAUUCGCUGCGACUAUGGAAGGGAGUGGUGGUUACCACCGUUACGCCAUGCACCGCGCCGCGUGUGAGCUACACGGCUUAGAGUUGGCUCCACGUGAUAUUCACUACGAGAUGAAGAGGAAUGCCAAUCAUCACUUGACUACGAGCCCUAGCAACCCCGGUGAGGUGUUCUGCGUGGCGUAUGGGUUCCAGCAAAUUCAAAACACUGUUCGUGGCAUUAAACGCAAGUUAGCUUCUGUUGCAUCGUACACGUUCAUUGAGCUCAUGGCAUGCCCGGAGGGCUGCUUGAACGGUGGAGGGCAGGCGCGGAACGGGACGACCCAGUCUCAUGUAGAAACCACUGCUGCAGCAAAAAGUGCAUUUAUUAGUUAUAUAUCUGGAAGCCAACCUACAAUGGAAGUUCGUGGUGGGAUGGAGGGCACGUCGGUGGCCAGCAACCGCGAUGUGGGGGAUGGACCGCCACCUUUUUCGCUAGCGGCUUUCGCGGAGGUUGAGAAGCAGGUUGGUUCAUCUCUUUGGAGCUGCACCUUCACAGACCGUCAACGUGAAUUUGAGGCUACACUCAAUACUGGUGGGGUGCAUAGUUUGAAAUGGUGA